AUGGCACCCCAGGAUGUGGAGAUGGAUAUCAAUCUUUUGGUAUUUCUUUCAAGUACACUAUAUACCGAGGUGGCUAAACGUGGUGUGAUUAUGCUUUUGCGUGAUAGUCAUAAAUUUCUGCAUUUAGCGAUGGUGACGUCACCAGAGGAAUUGCCACUACGUUCAGUGUAA